ACACAGACAGAGAUAGUGACCAUACAGAAAGAGGAGAAAGAGGAGAGAGACCCCAGUGCUGUGGUUGAUUCAUCGAGGCAGGAUGUGGGUCCUCAUCUGGGCAGCUCUACUUCUCUCCCUGACAGAGAGAGCCACAUGCAAACGUAAGGUGCCUUUUAUCACUUCUAUUGUUACUAUAAUAAUCAUUAGUAGAUGGCAAAUAUCUCAAUAUUUACUAUAUCCUAAAAAGAAAUGUGAACAAGUAAAGUAGUAUCCAAGUGCUUUCUGUAUUUAUCACCCUGGACCUUCACCUUCAGUCCAGCAGAGAUAACAGCAGAGAAGGGACUAUGUGCUGUUAUUUCAUGUACCUUCAGUCAUGCAGAGAGCUUCAAUCUUACUGCAGCAAUAUGGUUCAAAUGCCCUGAAAAUGGCAAAUGUGAUCAGGAUGAAGACAUAAUUAUCCACUCUGAAACUCCCUCUAAAGCUCAGGAGGGUUAUAAACAGAGAGUGUCUCUACUGGAGACUGAUCUGACAAAGAAGAACUGUAGUGUGAUCAUCAAUGACAUCAGAGAGAAUGAUGCUGGAGAGAAUCAAUUCAGACUGCUAAGUGCAUAUACAUACUCCAAGAAAGUGAAAAUCACAGUGAAAGGUAUUUCAUGACUAUUAUUACCAGUUACAGUGACAGACUAUUACUGUACUUCAUUGUAUACAGUACACACUUGCCAAGUUCCCUCUCAAGUUUCCCUUAUUAUAAAGUCCUCUCAUAACAGGACAAGAUGUCAUUACUGGGAAUACUCCUAUUCAGACUUAACACAUCAAUGCUGCUCUCCUUUGGCUGAUUAUGUGUCACUGCUGUUUAGUACACAGAUGUAAUAAUAAUAAUAAUAAUAUGCCAUUUAUCAGACGCUUUUAUCCAAAGCGACUUACAGUCAUGCGUGCAUACAUUUUUUUUGUGUAUGGGGUGGUCCCGGGGAUCGAACCCACUACCUUGGCGUUACAAGCGCCGUGCUCUACCAGCUGAGCUACAGAGGACCACGUGAAAACUCACUUCUGUGUUUGUAUUUCGUGUCUCCAGCUCUGACCCAGAAGCCCUCAGUGUUGACUCCUCCUCUGACAGAGGGAGAACCAGCCACUCUGACCUGCACCGCCCCGGGGAUCUGCUCUGGAACUCCUCCUAACAUCACAUGGACAUGGAGAGGGACAGGAGACAACAUCACCGAGCUCAGAGAUAAUACCACCAUACAGAAGAGAGAGGACCUGACUAGCAUCACAACAUCCCACUUCUCAACUUUGACCUUUACCCCCUCAGCUGAGCACCACAACAUGAAGGUUACGUGUCAAGUAACCUUUCAGAAAAAACAUCAAAUUGAAGAGACAGUAACUUUGAAUGUGACAUGUGAGUACCAUGUCACCUACAUUUUACAUUAAACACCUUAUUACAUAGAAUCUUUGAAACCUAGGAAUAACCUUGAUAAUAAGCAAAUGAUACAAUAUGCAUUCUAUACACAGUUAUGUCAUGGCUUUGACCUUUUCCCUUGCUUUUUAAUCAUGAUCCAUUGUAAUUAGUCCCUCAACCAAUAUAGUUUGAAUUUAGUGUAUGUGUAACAAUACAUGUGUAAAAUUAGAAACUCUAUGCACUCAAAGAUGUGAAAGACCCCCAAAUAACUGGAAAUAAAACAGUGAAGGAGGAUGGUACCCUGGGUCUGACCUGCAGUGUUGACAGUUACCCACCAUCUGACAUCACUUGGAGUAAGAACGGGACAAGUGCCCCACUUCAGAAUUACACUGGAAAUGCCACUCUCACCAUCUCCAAUGUGACAAGAGAGCAUGCUGGGGAGUAUGUGUGUACAGCGCAACACCUCAACAGGACUAUGACAGCUUCCACUGUUGUCACUGUGAUGUGUAAGUACAUACUUGAUUGAAAUAUACAAACUCAUUUUAUAUUUUAAGAUCUGGAAUUACUCUGGCAUGUUUUUAACAUCAAUCUAGCACUGAUACCUCUCUCAUCACUGUCUUUUUCCAGACCAUCCUGUGAUUCUUCCUGGCUCUGGGUGUGUGGAUCAGGCAGAGGUCAUGACCUGUGUGUGUGUCAGUCAGGGGGUUCCCUUACCCCUCAUAGAGUGGCCGCUGUUGGUGCUCAACACAGAGAACACUACGUCAGUGUUGGGUUCCUCAGUGAACAGCACCCUCAGCCUGCCUGUUAGAAACCACAACAACACCACUGUGGAGUGUGUCAGCAGAAAUGUGGUGGGUGUAGUGAGAGAGAAGUUGCAGGUCACCCAACAUAAGAGCCAAGAAAAUCAAAGAGGUAAAUAUAUAAGUCAAGUUACUUGGUUAGAGAGCCACAGCUUCCCAAUCCCACCCAAUGUAUGCAAUAUUGAGAAUGUUCUGUAGAAUUAGUCGGAAAAUAAUAUAUAUUUUUCUUCCAGAGGAUAUGAAGUAAUGUGACCCAAUUCUAAUACAGAGUUGUUGUUGUCUUUUUAGAGAAGGAACGGGACGGCAUUAUAGCUAUGCUGUCGGACCGAAAACUGAUUAUUGCGUUUGUGAUUGGUGCAGCCCUCUCAGCCACCAUCUGUUGUAUCUUCCUGUGUUUGACAGGGAAAUGUAAAAGGUACAUGCAUUCUAUUACUGAAGUACAUUUAGUGUUAACUGAGUGUUGUUUUUAAAAUCAAUUGCAGAUUGUCUUUAGAAAUUCAUAAAUACUAUGAAGAGAAUUAUAUAUAUUGUCAAAAGUGCCAAUACCUUGCACCAUAUUGUAAUGUAUGUGCUUACUAACCCCUCCAAAGUAUAGUUACUGAGAAAUGUCAUUCAUUAUAUUUUCCUUAGACAAAAAGAGAGGAUCCCAAAGGAUUCAGACUCCAAAAGUCCUUUCAUGAACCUGGAGAUAGUGGCAUGUGAAGACCAACAGGUGCAGUACCAGUUUCUUUCUUUAUUCAGCUUUACCAACAUUCAGUUAGCAUUGACAUGCCAAUAGGAGUUGAUAAGACAGCAUGAACAGAUCUGGGACCACCAAGCUAACAAAAGACUCCUAACACAGUGUUUUCUGCAAUGUACUCCAUAGAUGGAUGCAGGACAGGCUGUGGGGGGCGAACAGACCCCUCUGCAGGGGGUGCUGAGGGAGGGAGCUGAAAAUGGAGGGCCCCAGACCAGUGGAGCCGUGGGAAAAUAUGCCACAGGGGAAGAACCAAAUGAAGUGGACUACGUCAGUAUCAACUACUCCCUACUGAAGAAGAAGACUCCUGAAGAGUCAGAGAAGAAGACCACCCCCACAGAGUCAGAGUACGCCAAAAUCAAACGAGAGAAGAAGAAAGAAGGGGAUGAAGAUGGAGGAGAGGGGAGUGGAGUGAUGGAGGAGGAGAAAGAGAAAGAGAACAGUAAGCCAGCAGCAGAGACAGAUGAGGAUACAGCGCUUUACUCCAACGUCAAGGCUAUUAUGGGUGGUGAGUGA